CAUGACAAUCAUUCACCCACUCAGUGCAGAGGUAUCACACACAGCCUCAAAGCCAACCUCACAAACAUCAAGCAUGGAGGAGGUCAAGUCUGGACAGAAGAUCACAAAGAUCCAGGAUGAAGGCUCCAGAGACCUGUCCCCAGAAACAGUUCAAAGACUGAUUUUUCAGUCUCAGGAGGCGAAGAAGAAAGCGUACUGUCCUUACAGCCAGUUCAGAGUGGGAGCUGCUCUCCUCACCAUCGACAACCGUGUCUUCACAGGCUGCAAUGUGGAGAAUGCAUGCUACAACCUGGGAAUGUGCGCUGAGCGAAAUGCCAUGGCAAAGGCGGUGUCAGAAGGACACAGGAACUUCAAGGCGAUUGCAGUCGCCAGUGACGUGAGGGAUCACUUCGUUUUCCCAUGUGGAGGCUGCAGACAGUUCAUGAGAGAGUUUGGGACGGACUGGGAUGUUUACCUCUCCCACCCUGACGGAUCUCACAGAAAGAUGACUGUGGAGGAGCUGCUGCCCUUUUCUUUUGGCCCUGAAGACUUGUCCAAGAAGAAAAUACCUCACACUCCCAAUGAGUACUAAAUGGUUUCCAAAAAACCUGCGUUCAAAAAGUCAAUAUUUACCAACAGUUUUAAACGUUGCAGCAAAUUUUCAUUCAUGUUUAAAUUAAUAACAGAAAUUUGUGUCUUUCCACGACCGUUCCGUGUAUGUCUACCAGACUUUUCACGCAUGUACAACAUUUAUAUGGCGUGUACGGCAUUUAUCACGUUAAAAUUAUGUAAUUGACGCACAAAUUACUAAUGAAUUUCAUGUAAACAGAACAAUAAUUACGCACAGUUCAUGUUUUACGUUGAUUUAUCUGUUCUCUGCGUGGUUCAUUUCCUGCAAACUGUCUUUCCUGUUUAAAUUAUUUCCAGAAUAUAUUUAAUGAAAAUGUUAUUAAAGCUUCCACUUUAAAUGCAUGAGAAUAUGCUACAAUAAACCAUAAAGGAAGAUUAGGUUUGAAUCUUUUAAUAAAUAAACAGUUUUAAAAAGCA